AUGCAGUCUUCCUUUCCACCUUCAUCCUGUAAAUUGCAAAAGAAAUUUAUUCUCAAUGGCAUACACAGGCCUGGAGAUGUAAUUCUGGGAGGGUUAUUUGAAGUCCAUUACAGUUCUGUAUUCCCUGAGCGGACGUUCACCUCAGAGCCAGAUCAGCCUAACUGCCAUGGCAUUGACACCCCCGGAUUCAGACAUGCCAUGACCAUGGCCUUUGCUAUUGAUGAGAUUAACAAGAAUUCAAAGCUACUUUCUAAUGUGACUCUGGGAUACAGCCUUUAUGACAAUUGUGCUACACUUGAGAUUGGAUUCAGUGCAGCAUUGUCAUUAGCCAGCGGUCAAGAGGAGCAAUUUUGGCUUCUGGAGAACUGUUCAGGGACCCCUUCAGUUGUGGGGAUUGUGGGUGAUCCUUUCUCCACAUUUUCUAUUGCUGCCUCAAGUGUUCUUGGUUUAUUCAAGCUUCCUAUUGUGAGUUAUUUUGCCACUUGCUCCUGUCUGAGUGAUCGACAGAGGUUUCCAUCCUUCUUUAGAACAAUCCCAAGUGAUGCUUUCCAGGUCCGUGCUAUGAUUCAGAUUCUAAAACACUUUGGCUGGACAUGGGUAGGUCUGCUAGUCAGUGAUGAUGAUUAUGGACUCCAUGUUUCCAGAUCCUUCAAGUCUGACUUUCUUCAAUUAAGUGGAGGUUGUUUGGCCUACUCAGAGAUUUUACCUUGGGAAGAUCAUCGAAAUGAAUAUAAGAAAAUUGUGGAUCUGAUGGCCAGAUCCACAGCUCGUGUUGUCAUUGUGUUUGCACUUCAAAUACACCUGAUUCAUCUCAUGACAGAGGUGGUGAAACAAAAUGUUACAGGCUUGCAGUGGAUUGCCAGUGAAGCUUGGACAGUAGUUGGUGGACUCCAUACCCCUGAAUUUAUGCCAUUCCUUGGUGGAACACUAGGCAUUGCCAUCCGACGAGGAGAAAUACCAGGCUUUAGAGACUACUUGUUAAAAAUUAAUCCUGCAGAACAGAACAGUGCAAACAAUAUGGUGAAGCAGUUUUGGGAAGAUACAUUUCACUGUAGAUUUUCAGCAGACUGGUUGGAAGAUGGUGGGACACUUUGCACUGGAGAAGAAGAGCUUAGGAAUGCUGAGACUGAACUUUUGGAUGUGACUGAACUCAGGCCCGAGUAUAAUAUUUAUAAAGCUGUGUAUGCUCUUGCACAUGCCCUUGAUGACAUGCUGCACUGUGUUCCAGGGAGAGGACCUUUUAUUGGGCACAGCUGUGCCACUUUGCAAAAAUUAGAGCCAUGGCAGCUGAUGUAUUACUUGGAAAAAGUCAACUUCACAACUCCAUUUGGUGAUCAAGUAUUUUUUGACGAGAAUGGUGAUGCCUUACCUAUCUAUGAUAUCAUGAACUGGCUGUGGCUCCCUGAUGGAAGCACUAAAGUUCAGAAUGUGGGUGAGGUUAAGAUGUCAGUUUUCAAAGGUGAAGAAGUCACACUUGAUGAAAACAAAAUCUUCUGGAACUUUAAAUCAAAAGAGCCACCUACAUCAGUUUGCAGUAAAAGCUGCCCUCCAGGAACACAUAUAGCAAGGAGGCGGGGAAAGCCUGUGUGUUGCUAUGACUGCAUCCCUUGCUCUGAGGGAAAGAUCAGCAAUAACACUGACUCCUUAGAGUGCACCAGUUGUCCAGAGGACUUCUGGUCAAGCCCCCAGAGAGAUCACUGUGUUCUUAAGAGAACAGAGUUCCUCUCCUACCAUGAACCCCUGGGAAUCUGCUUGACAACCACCUCACUGCUGGGCACAUUUAUCUGUACUGUUGUUCUAGGAAUUUUCACAUAUCAUCGCAGCACACCUGUGGUGAGUUAUUUUGCCACUUGCUCCUGUCUGAGUGAUCGACAGAGGUUUCCAUCCUUCUUUAGAACAAUCCCAAGUGAUGCUUUCCAGGUGGUGAAACAAAAUGUUACAGGCUUGCAGUGGAUUGCCAGUGAAGCUUGGACAGUAGUUGGUGGACUCCAUACCCCUGAAUUUAUGCCAUUCCUUGGUGGAACACUAGGCAUUGCCAUCCGACGAGGAGAAAUACCAGGCUUUAGAGACUACUUGUUAAAAAUUAAUCCUGAAGAACAGAACAGUGCAAACAACAUGGUGAUGCAGUUUUGGGAAGAUACAUUUCACUGUAGAUUUUCAGCAGACUGGUUGGAAGAUGGUGGGACACUUUGCACUGGAGAAGAAGAGCUUAGGAAGGCUGAGACUGAACUUUUGGAUGUGACUGAACUCAGGCCCGAGUAUAAUAUUUAUAAAGCUGUGUAUGCUCUUGCACAUGCCCUUGAUGACAUGCUGCACUGUGUUCCAGGGAGAGGACCUUUUACUGGGCACAGCUGUGCCACUUUGCAAAAAUUAGAGCCAUGGCAGCUGAUGUAUUACUUGGAAAAAGUCAACUUCACAACUCCAUUUGGUGAUCAAGUAUUUUUUGACGAGAAUGGUGAUGCCUUACCUAUCUAUGAUAUCAUGAACUGGCUGUGGCUCCCUGAUGGAAGCACUAAAGUUCAGAAUGUGGGUGAGGUUAAGAUGUCAGUUUUCAAAGGUGAAGAAGUCACACUUGAUGAAAGCAAAAUCUUCUGGAACUUUAAAUCAAAAGAGCCACCUACAUCAGUUUGCAGUAAAAGCUGCCCUCCAGGAACACAUAUAGCAAGGAAGCGGGGAAAGCCUGUGUGUUGCUAUGACUGCAUCCCUUGCUCUGAGGGAAAGAUCAGCAAUAACACUGACUCCUUAGAGUGCACCAGUUGUCCAGAGGACUUCUGGUCAAGCCCCCAGAGAGAUCACUGUGUUCUUAAGAGAACAGAGUUCCUCUCCUACCAUGAACCCCUGGGAAUCUGCUUGACAACCACCUCACUGCUGGGCACAUUUAUCUGUACUGUUGUUCUAGGAAUUUUCACAUAUCAUCGCAGCACACCUGUGGUGCGUGCAAACAAUUCAGAAUUGAGCUUUCUGCUUUUAGUGUCACUUAAGCUGUGUUUCCUGUGUUCACUGUUAUUCAUUGGAAGACCCAGACUUUGGACAUGCCAACUGAGACAUGCAGCAUUUGGGAUCAGUUUUGUGCUUUGUGUCUCAUGUAUCCUGGUGAAAACUAUGGUUGUUUUGGCUGUGUUCAAAGCCUCCAAGCCAGGAGGCGGAACCAAUCUUAAGUGGUUUGGUGCUAUGCAGCAGAGAGGGACAGUUCUGGUUCUUACUUCCAUUCAAGCUGCAAUCUGCACUGCCUGGCUUGUCUCUUCCUCUCCAACUCCACAUAAAAACACCCAAUACUACAAUGACAAAGUGGUGUAUGAGUGUGCUGUUGGGUCUACAAUUGGCUUUGCAGUGUUACUGGGUUACAUUGGUGUGCUGGCUUUCCUUAGCUUUCUGCUAGCAUUUCUAGCCAGGAAUCUUCCAGAUAAUUUCAAUGAGGCCAAAUUCAUCACAUUUAGCAUGCUGAUCUUCUGUGCCGCUGUUUGGGCGGCCUUUAUCCCUGCUUAUGUAAAUUCUCCUGGCAAAUAUGCAGAUGCAGUGGAGGUAUUUGCAAUCUUGGCCUCAAGUUUUGGGCUAUUGGUGGCACUGUUUGGACCCAAAUGUUACAUAAUUCUGCUUAAACCAGAGAGAAACACAAAGAAGGCAAUCAUGGGUCGAGAGGCCACCAAGCCAUAA